AUGGCUAGGUCAUCGACUACCCGAGCCCAGAGCGUUCCUCGACCCGAGAAAUCACCCCAAAUCAACGAUGAAGAGGGUCCUGAAGAUGCAAGAAGCGAAGCAUCGGUCCCCUCUGAAACCAUCCCGGUGGAAAUCACCUACCCGAAGCUCCCACGUACCUCUCUAGCCGCUGAGGAGGGCCGACGAGAGUCCUUCUACGUCUGCGCAGUAGAGGACAACCCCGAUCCGAGCGCCGGCCCCCAGGGGCUCGGCGAGCAGUUGAAAUAUACGCAACUUACCCUAUCUGAGUUCAAGAAGGCCUUCAGGAAGGACCCCGAUGCCCUCUUUGACAUGAUCUUAAAGAGGGAACGCCUUUGGACAGUGUACGCCAACACUAAAGAUCAGGAAGCGCGUACCGCGCCUCCCGCUACGACUAGUGGUCACGAGCAAGAACUAGAAGCGAUACAAGCCGAGUAUGAAGACAUGAAAUUACGCCUUGAGACUGAGCGAAACAACUACGCGCACCAGCUCCUACAGAACCAGCGAAUAGCGGUCCUGAAACCCAACGACUUCGGAGGCCGACGAUCUGUUAAGAUGCCUGACGCUCCGAUCAUGGACGAUGGCAAGGAUAUGGAUUUCGAGGUCUGA